AAUCGUCUGCGAGAAUGGCGUCCGAAUGCAUAGAAGAUUUUCCUCUAGACGGGUUGUUACCUAAGAAAGAGACUGGUGCUUAUUCAUUUCUUACGAAAUACCCGAAUUAUGACGGUAGAAGAGUUAUCAUCGCUAUUCUUGACACGGGUGUAGACCCAGGUGCGCCUGGAUUGCAGGAAACUCCAGAUGGAAGUCCCAAAAUAGUUGACAUAAUUGACACAACUGGGUCUGGUGAUGUUGACACUUCCAAAGUUGAAGAAGUGAAAGAUGGAGAAAUAACUGGUGUUACAGGUCGUAAACUCAAGAUACCAGACACUUGGAACAACCCUAGUGGUUUGUACCAUGUAGGAGUAAAGCCCAUCUUUGAGUUGUUUCCAAAGAAGUUGCAGGAGAGGUUUAUUAAAGAAAGGAAGGAGAAAAACUGGGACCCAGCCCACAGGGAGGCUGUAGCAGAUACCACUAGAAAACUAGAGCAGUAUGAGGCCUCUGGUCAGGAUGAUAAGCAGGAAAAGGAGAAUUUGCAGAGCUGUAUUGAUGUCCUGAACAACAUGGAGAAGACUUACGAGGAGGCAGGCCCAAUGUUAGACUGUGUCGUCUUCCAUGAUGGAGCCACAUGGAGGGCCUGUGUUGAUAUGACAGGGAGAGGAGAGCUUGGUGAGUGUAAGUUGCUGGCCAGCUACCAUGAGGAACACCAGUAUGGAACCUUCAGCCGUGUGGACAUGAUGAACUAUGGGGUCAACAUUUACAAUGACGGCAACACUCUAGAAAUUGUCACCAAUGCAGGAGCCCAUGCUUCCCAUGUAGCGGGUAUUGCAGCAGGGUAUUUCCCUGACCAACCAGAGAGAAAUGGAGUAGCACCAGGCGCUCAGAUCAUUUCAAUCAAAAUCGGGGACACUCGAUUAGGGUCCAUGGAGACAGGGACUUCAUUAGUUCGAGCUAUGAUUAAAGUGAUAGAGUAUAAGUGUGAUCUAGUCAACUACAGUUAUGGAGAGGCAUGUAGCUGGCCAAAUUCUGGUCGUGUGAUAGACAUACUCUCUGAGGCAGUUAACAAGCAUGGUGUGGUCUUUGUCAGCAGUGCUGGUAACAAUGGCCCUGCCCUCUCUACCGCAGGGUGCCCUGGGGGUACCUCCUCUGCAUUGAUAGGAGUAGGAGCCAUGGUCUCACCUGCUAUGAUGGCAGCUCAGUAUUCUUUGAUGGAGAAACUUCCAAGUAACCAGUACACCUGGUCUUCCAGGGGACCAACACAUGACGGGGAUCUUGGGGUGACUAUUAGUGCCCCUGGAGGGGCCAUUGCUUCCGUGCCAAACUGGACUUUGAGGGGUAACCAGCUGAUGAAUGGGACAAGUAUGAGCUCCCCUAAUGCCUGUGGCUGUAUAGCUCUUGUCUUGUCUGGGCUGAAAGCAAAUGGUAUAGAGUACACACCCAGUAGUGUCAAAAGGGCUUUGAUAAACACAGCCUCAGAUGUACCCAAUAUAGAGAAACUGGCACUAGGACACGGUCUAAUUCAGGUUGAAAAGACAUAUGACUUUCUGACAAAUUUUUCAAAAGAACCAGAGCUGAAAGUUGAGUUUAAGGUCACAUGUUUAGACGGAAGCAGAGGAAUUUACCUGCGUGAACCUCACCAUUUUCUAAAACUGUAUGAAACCAAAGUGUCGAUAGCACCACAGUUUAUAGAGGAGCGUGCUGAGCAGGAAGAAAAGAUCAAUUUCUGCAUGCAGUUCAAUCUGACCUGUGAUGCCCCCUGGGUGCAGCACCCCGCCCAUCUAGAACUGAUGAAUCUAGAACGGCUGAUUAGUGUCCAAGUGGAUCACAGGGGGCUACCCGAGGGGGUUCAUUUUACUGAGCUGAAAGGAUUUGAUAUCAAGUGUUUAGAGAAGGGGCCAGUAUUUAGAUUUCCAAUUACAGUUGUUGUGCCAAGCAAAGUUGAUGAUGAGGUGAAGUGGAAGAAAUCUUUUCCCAGUGUGUCUUUCAAGCCAGGACAAGUGCAUCGUCAUUUUAUUCAGGUUCCAACGGGUGCAACUGUUGCAGUAUUAAAGUUAGAAUCCAUGGAUAAAGAGAAGAGCUGCAGAAUGCUGCUACAUGCUAUUCAGAACCUACCCCAACACUCGUACACCAAACAUGAGUUUGAGAAAUUUGUAACCCUGUCAGAUUCUGUGGAAUACACAUAUGCAUUCAAAGUGGAGGAAAAUAUAACUCUAGAGUUGUGUAUAGCCAAAUGGUGGGCCAGUCUUGGUGAUGUGAUACUGAACUAUAGUGUAACAUUCCAUGGAGUUACAUUGGACACAAAGGAACCAGUCAUGCAUGCCUCUGAUGGGGUAGUGAGAUACAAUGUGAGAACAAACUUGAGAAGUGAGGAAAUUAAUCCAAACAUAUCACUGAAGGCUCUGGUACAACCUGUCAGACCUUCAGAAUACAAAAUCAAGAUACUUCCAGGAGCCAGGGACACCUUGCCAAAUGGGAGACACAUUUAUGCAAUAGAACUGACCUACAAUUUUCAUCUCGACAAGGAUGGGGAGGUGACCCCUAACUGCUCACUCCUGAGUCCCCUGUUAUAUGAGUCUGAGUACGAGAGCCAGCUGUGGAUGCUGUUUGAUUCUAACAAACAGAAUGUAGGCAGUGGAGACGCCUUCCACAACAGGUACACAAAGAAGGUUGAAAAGGGCGAUUACACCUUGUUACUACAAGUCCGACAUGAGAGGAAAGAGAAGCUCGAGAAGCUGAAGGACUUGGUGGUACAGAUCAAACAGAAGCUGCCGUCCACCAUUCCCCUCAGCGCGUACAGCAGCUGGCAGAAAGCCUUCAAUGGCAAGAAGUGCACCAACCUCAGUCUGGGGAAAGGUGUCUUACAGCCGCUGUUUGUGGCUCCUCUGCCCUCUGACAAAAUUCCCAAGAAUGCCAAACCAGGUCACUUUUUGCUAGGCAGCAUGUCAUUGUUGAAAAAUGAACCUCUUACUGAGGCAAGUGUUGUGCCUUUCAAAUACGUGAUAACGGAAACGGCCAAAAAGGAUAACUCAAAGAAAGAAAAGAAAGAAGGGAAAGACAAAGGACAGAAAGAAGGUCAGAAGAAGGAGAAAACAAAGGAUGAAGAAUACAAAGACGCUCUCAGGGACAUGCAAAUCUCAUGGAUCUCAAAGUUAGAAGUGGAUCAUUCCUUGUAUGACGACUUGAGGGGUCAGUACCCAGACCAUCUACCUCUGUUUAAGGCCCGACUUGAGGCCUUGGACAACCACAAGGAUAGGAAAAAAUUUCUUGCUGAAAUCAUAGAUCUCAGUAAAUUGAUCAUCUCAAAAAUCGACCAGAAGGAUUUGAUGAGUUUCUACGGAAUGAAGUCAGACCCCAGACCUGAUGCAGCAACAAUCAAAAGUGAGAAGGACAAGCUGAAGGAUCUGUUGAUAGACAGCUACUGUCGGUUAGGGAAGGCCCAGGCUACGGUGCUGGAGGCCAGGGAGGGGGAGGAAGAGGACAGUGAGGGACUGCCCACCGUGACUGCCGACGAUAUCAAGGAGACCUACCAGACCCUCCAGCAGUGGGUGGAUCUCAAUGAUGCCAAGGUGUCUCAGUUCACAAUGAUGUAUGCCCAGUACAUGAAGCAAUAUGGCAGAGCCUUGAAGAUUGCACAAAAACUUUAUCAGGAGAAAGCAAAUCCUGAGAUGGAGAUGACUGCAUUGAAGAUACUGAGGGAGCUGGGAUGGGACCAUUGUGUGGAUCACGUACAGAACUUGCUCCUUGUCAAAUGCCCCAAGACUUACACACCUUUCUAGACGCCUGCUAACUUAUUAUAUAAUAGAACUGUUCUAUCACUCUGCACCUUCAUACGUAAAUGUCAGUUACAAUGUAGUACAUUGUCAUUGCAUGUAUCGAUAAAUACUGUGAACUGUUCUUGUCAAAUCUGAUACGACCAGUGUAUGGAACUCUUUGAUUAACAUGAUAAAACCAGCUGCUACUGCUGCUGUAGGUAUUUAUUGUAAAAGUUUGUCUGAACGUAUACUAUACUGUGACUGUAAGUUGACCGUUCUGUAAUGUGUUGGGUGUGGGUAAAUGUUGUACUCCUGUACUGCUGUCACAAAGUUGUUAAGUCUUGUCAUGAGUGUCAUCAUAAAUGAUGGCCGAGUAUAUACCAAAAUAUUUAAACGGGAGAUUUGUGUAAUCAGAUGAAGUUUUUGUCAGCAUUUAUAGCAUAAAUGCCUAGUGUUUGACACAUGAAUUUGUUUUGAAGGUUGGUUUAAAGAAAUGCUUUCAGAUUUUACGGUACAAUGUGCAAUCAGUUGUUCAGAAGAGUAGCACAUUUCUUAUCUUAGUCACUAUCAGUGAAUAUAGUCACGGUGCUCAGUGCGUGUGUGUGUGUUGUGGGUUUGUGUUGUGGGUAUGUGGAACAAUAACUGGUUACCUCAUUUUAAUUGACAGAUAUGCUUACAUGUACAGGGAUUCAAUUGUUUAAAAAUCAGGAUUUAGUAGUUGUAUAAUAAUAUAUAAAUAUAAAUCGAAUCUACAAAAUAAAUAAUCGUAUCUUAUUUUUCUAAAAACCAUCACCAAAAUCUAGUUUCAACAGAGUGCAGAAAACAUUGUUAUACAUGAGUGGAAAUUUUAAUAGUGAUUUUAAAGGCUCAAAUUUUACUUUAUUAUUUAUGUGUUGCCAUGGCAAUUAACAUAAUGCAUGUGAUAUAUUAUUUCAGUUGUUUACCAAACCUGAUUCGGUACAGUAUUGGGCAUUCAUAGAACAAGAAUGGUUUUAAUCUUUUUUAAUUUGGAAUACUAUUUUGUAUGUAGAUUUCACUGAUUGUUGUAUACUGUAUAUGAAAUGGGGUUUGUGUAUACCAACCUAUUGGAGAAACUCUUUAUUGUCAUGUCUGUGAUAUUGUCUACAAAUCAGAUCUGCUUUUAAUGGAUAUUGUAGUGGAGAUUAUUGAAUUGUCUAUUUUAAAUUCAUGUAGAAAAGAUUCAUUGUCUAGCUUAGUAACAAUAUUGUAGAUUGUAGUGAGCAACAAAAGCAUAAUGAUUAAAGAAAUGAUAGGGGUUUUUU